AAACCCAAGAUGCUUUUUGUUACGUCAGGAAGUAUGGACGCCCUGACCUGUUUAUUACAUGCACUACAAAUCCAAGGUGGUCUGAAAUUCAAGAAAAUCUAAUGACGGGACAACUCCCGCAAGAUAGGCACGAUAUUGUAUCGCGAGUUUUCAAUUUGAAACUGAAAAAAUUAAUGGAUUUGCUCACGAAACAGAAAAUAUAUGGCGAAGUUCGGUGCCAUAUGUAUUCUGUCGAGUGGCAAAAACGAGGUUUACCUCAUGCGCAUAUAUUAUUGUGGCUUAGAGAAAAACUUCGGCCGGAAAAAAUUGACGCAAUAAUAAGUGCAGAGUUACCUAACCCCGACGAGGAUCCAUUAUUGUUUGAUAUUGUGAAAGCAAAUAUGAUACACGGGCCUUGCGGACUCUUGAAUCCCGAGUCUCCGUGUAUGAAAGAUGGGAGGUGUAGCAAAGGUUACCCAAAACUUCUCAUUGCUGACACUAUUACGGGUGACGACGGCUACCCUAAAUACAAGCGCCGAGAUGUCAUGAAUGGAGGCUUUUCGACAGUAAUUAAGGUAAGAAAUCAAGUUAUUGAAAUUGACAACAGUUGGAUCGUCCCGUACUCGCCAGUCCUAUUAAGAAUAUUCGGGACUCAUAUUAAUGUUGAGAGUUGCCAGAGUGUCAAAUCUAUAAAGUAUCUUUGUAAAUAUGUCAAUAAAGGAAGUGAUAGGGCAUGUUUUGCAGUGCAAAAUAAAAAUGAUGAAGUAAUGCUGUAUCAAAGUGCUAGAUACGUUAGUACCUCCGAGGCUAUUUGGAGGAUUUUUUCUUUUUCAAUGCAUAGUAGGUUUCCGCCGGUUAUUCAUUUAUCCGUGCACUUAGAAAAUUUCCAGAGGAUUUAUUUUUUACCAGAAACUGUUCAGAGCGUACUUGAGCAUCCUCGGAACACGACUUUAAUGGCGUUCUUUAAGCUUUGUCAAUAUGAUAAGUUUUCAGAAACAUUAUUAUACGAAAAUGUCCCAGAAUUUUACACUUUCGAUAAACAAUCAGGUUUGUUCAAUCGAAGAAAAAAAGGGUCUCCUGUAGAGGGAUGGGAUGAUGUUAAACGAGAGCAUGUUAUCGGCCGAGUUUACACGGUGCACCCCGCUAACAGAGAGUGCUAUUACUUGCGCAUGCUUUUGCACCAUAUUCGCGGCCCAACGUCAUUCCAGGCAUUGAGGACCGUUAACGGUGUUCAAUAUGAGACGUAUCAGUCUGCGUGUAAUGCACUCGGACUGUUAGAAGAUGAUUCAAAUUGGGAUCACACUCUCGCGGAGGCGAAGCUUUGUGAUAGCCCGAGUCAAAUGAGAAAUCUUUUUUCCACGUUGUUAGUAUUUUGUGGACUUUCUGAUCCCAUGUUUCUAUGGAAUAAGUAUAAGGAAAGCCUUUCGGAGGACAUAAUGCAUGGUCACCAAAGGCUUUUCAAUAGCGCUGUUCCAAUAUUUAGCAGAUGGGUCGAAAAUGAGUGCCUGAAAAAAUUAGAAGAAAUUGUUUUAUCAGUUGGAGGUCAGCCGUUGAGCAGCUAUGGGUUACCAUCUCCACAAAAAAGUGAUGAUAUGGGUCUGAAUCAGGAAUAUUUGCGUGAAAUAAGUUACGAUCAGAAUGAAAUGCAAAACAUUGUCACAGAGAACCUAAUAAAAUUAACAGAUGAACAGAGAUCAUUAUACGAUGAAAUUCUUUUAAGCAUAAAUAAUUCUUCCGGGGUAACAUUUUUUCUAGAUGCCCCAGGUGGAACAGGUAAAACUUUUCUAAUUAACGUAUUGUUAGCUAAAUUACGAAGUGAUGGUAACAUCGCGUUGGCAGUUGCUUCUUCGGGUAUAGCAGCUACUCUCCUGCCGGGGGGGAAAACAGCGCAUUCUGCUUUUAAAAUACCAAUUGACCUCAAUAGCACGGACACCCCAAUGUGCAGUAUAACGAAGAAUUCAGGUAAAGCGUAUCUGAUGAGGAAAUGCUCCUUUGUCGUAUGGGAUGAGAGCACAAUGGCACAUAAAAAGUCAGUGGAAGCAGUGGAUAGGUCACUCCGUGAUAUCACUGGUGUCGACAGUCCUUUCGGUGGAAUUACAAUGUUGUUUUCAGGCGAUUUCAGACAAACAUUACCUGUUAUUUCGCGAGGCACAAGAGCUGAUGAGGUAAAUGCAUGUCUUAAGCGGUCUUACAUUUGGCAAUUUGUUCAGAAAAGAUCCCUAACAAUCAACAUGAGGGUACAUCAGUUAGGUGAAGAGAGUGACUCGAAAAAGUUUGCUGAUAUGCUAUUGAAUAUAGGUAAUGGUGAUAUUGGAGAUGCCAACGGUAUGAUAGGCGUGUCAGACACUCUUGGUGUCGCAGUUAAUUCAGUCGAGCACCUUAUUGAUGAGAUUUACCCGAAUAUUGAAUCAUCAGACGCAAUAAAUAAUUCUUGGCUCUGUGAACGAGCUAUUUUAGCACCCACAAACGAAGAAGUAAUGUGUAUUAACGAUGCCAUCAUCCAACGUUAUCACGGUCAAGAAUCUGUUUAUAGCUCCAUUGAUACCGUCUGCGAGCAGGAUGAUGCCGUCCAUUAUCCAACUGAGUUUUUAAAUUCUAUUAUUGCUCCUGGGCUCCCACCUCACAAACUUAAGCUUAAGUUGGGUGCACCUAUCAUGCUUUUAAGAAACUUAAAUGCACCGAAACUUUGCAACGGAACGAGAUUGCGUAUUAAAGCUCUACAUAAAUAUCUUAUUGAGGCAAUUAUUUUAACAGGUUGUGGAAAAGGUGAGAGUGUCUUGAUUCCGCGUAUUCCGCUCAUUCCAUCUAACUACCCAUUCCAAUUCAAGCGCCUUCAAUUCCCUAUCACACUCUGCUACGCCAUGACAAUUAAUAAGUCGCAAGGGCAAACAUUAAGUAUAGCUGGUAUCAACUUACGGACCAACUGCUUCGCGCACGGGCAACUGUAUGUUGCUUGCUCUCGAGUUAAAAGCAAUAAACAUUUAUUUAUAUAUGCUCCAGAUAAAAUUAUAAAAAAUGUUGUAUAUAAGGAGGCUUUGUGAGGUAAUUUAAUUGAGGUAUUCAGCUGCAUAUUCAAAAGUUUCCCACAUGUUUUGCCCGUCAAGCGUUACGUAAUUAUUAAAGAAGGAUCCGGAGUUGCGUUACAAAGCGUUAAAAGGAGAGGAGGGGGGAGUCAGAAUUGCCGACAAAGUGCGUUACGUAAUUUAUGAACACUUCCUCAUCAGAAACGGUAACGCGUGGUAGAGCGCUUUUUCCAUUUGUAUAUUUUCGUUAUAAGAACGAAACAUUUUAAAAGGAUAAGAACAAUAUACUUUGAAAAGAUAUGAUGGCCAAAUGCAUGAGAUGCUUUUUUUUAAUGUAACAUUCGAAAUUGUCUCUUUUCUUAAGUCCUAAACUUCUCUACUACUGGCGCCACCCGACGUAUGAUUGUAAGUCCUAAACUUCUCUACUACUGGCGCCACCCGACGUAUGAUUGUUUAAGUCUGUGGCUUUGGCCUGGUGUUGGCUGGAGUCCUGGAGGACGCCAGUGAGCUACUCCUACUGGCCAAUACCAAGU